UUAGAGAGAUCGAUCAGAUUCAGAGUGGAAAUCCAUACAUCCAUCCAUCCAUUAUAUACAUACAUACUUAAUAUAAUAUGGCCACCGCCAAAGCGUUGCAGCUGGUUCUCAUUUACACUGCGCUGUUAGUCUUCCUCGUCUUCUUCGCACUCAAUGUGGAGUCUGCUAGAAGUUAUGAAGAGGAGAAAAAGCUUUCUGGGGAUUUGCAGUGCGUAAGAUCGAAGCAGUGGGGCGACCUUCGCGUCCUGCCCACCACGGCGGUGGCAGAUAAUUGUUUAUGGCUCUGUUACUACUUGAAGAGCGACGGCUACCUCGAAAAGAUUCAAAGCGUUACUUAUGACCGAGUAUUUUUUCCCCAAUUUGUUUCCUGUUUGUCUUCUGAUCCCAUUAUUUAGUUCCACCACCACUUGUUGUAAACUUGGCAACCAAUUGUUUAACAAGUUUGUUCUAUAA